UACGACCAAGGCACGGCGAGCUGGCUGUACGGCGACGAGGCCGAGUGGGGCAAUUCGGCCCUGCCGCCGGCGCCGCCGUCACCCCCUGCAAGGCCAUGCGCCUCCAGCUUCGCUCCAGUCGACCCGGGGAGCCCCUGGCUGUCCAGCAGCGAUUCCGCCCCAAGCAGCCCGUCCAUCAGCCAUUCCAGCCCCGCGGAGGCCACCCCCUCCCCAGGCAGCUCGUCAUCCGGGCCGUCGGAGAUAUGGGGCACCCCGAGCCAGAGCCGCCAGCCUCAAGACGACAGCGGAGUGGGGUUGGCCAGUCCUCCGUUCUUUCUUUACCCCGUCCCCGGGCGUCCCCGCCGGCGCCGCAGCCCGCGCGAUGGGCCCCUCGAACUCGCCAUCGUCGAGCCUGAGUUCUUCCCCCGGAGGGCCGCCCUGUCUCGCGGCCUGGAACUGCGUGUGCUGCAACUCCCCCUGGACCCUCUGUCGUCCGUGCAAGGACGCGGCCCGGGAGGAGUGGGCAGCCGAGCUUCGAUAUCCCGCCCACGGAGAACUUGAGCGAGACAACGACGCGGCCCAGCUGGCGGCCUACUGGGAGGCCAACGAAGAGUUGUGGGAGACCGAGGCCGCCCAGGUCGCAUGUAUAGAGCACUGCAACCGGGAGGACGACCUGGCGGCCGACCUGGCCACCGCUUCCGAGCUUGGGCAAUAAAAG